AUGGGUCUCGCUUAUCCUGGCGGUCUGGCAACCGCGUCACUGGUGGUGAUCGGAUUGUAUAUGCUUUUCCAUGGAGAAGGUGAAGCGUUCAAUGUCGGCCAAUUCCUUGAGUCCGUUUCUCCUUACGCUUGGGCAAACCUUGGUAUAGCGAUGUGCAUUGGGUUAUCCGUUGUCGGUGCUUCAUGGGGUAUCUUCCUCACAGGCUCAUCGAUUGUCGGCGGAGGUGUCAAGGCCCCCAGAAUCCGAACCAAGAACUUGAUCUCGAUUAUCUUCUGCGAAGUCGUCGCUAUCUACGGUGUCAUCAUGGCCAUUGUCUUCUCCUCGAAACUAAACCUCGUGACCGGCGAUGAAAUCUACUCUGGAAGCAGUUACUACACCGGCUUUGCGCUCUUUUGGGGAGGAAUCACGGUCGGCGCAUGCAACCUGAUUUGUGGUAUCUCCGUCGGUAUCAACGGGAGUGGUGCAGCUCUCGCCGAUGCUGCUGAUCCCAGCUUGUUCGUCAAGAUCCUCGUCAUCGAAAUCUUCAGCUCAGUCUUGGGUCUUUUCGGUCUUAUCGUCGGACUCUUGGUACAAGGAAAGGCUCAUGACUUUGGAGCAUCAGUGUAA